AUGAUGAGCAAUUACUCUAGUGCCACUGAAUUUUGUCUCCUUGGCUUCCCUGGCUCCCAAGGACUGCAUCACAUGCUCUUUGCUGCCUUCCUCUUUUUCUACUCGGUGACAUUCAUGGGAAACACGGUCAUCAUCGCGGUGGUCUGUGUGGAUAAGCGUCUGCAGUCCCCCAUGUAUUUCUUCCUCAGCCACCUCUCUGCCUUGGAGAUCCUGAUCACAUCCGUCAUCGUCCCCAUCAUGCUCUGGGGCUUGCUGCUCCCCGGGAGGCAGACAAUAUCUCUGGCAGGAUGCAUUGCCCAGCUCUUCCUGUACCUUUCUUUGGGGACAACGGAGUUUGCAUUACUGGGAGUCAUGGCUGUGGACCGUUACGUGGCUGUCUGUAACCCUUUGAGGUACAACAUCAUUAUGAACAGCCACACCUGCAGCUGGCUGUUGUCUCCUACACUUACAUCAUCUCCACCAUCCUCAAGAUCCCCUCAGCCUCCGGCCGCAGGAAAGCCUUCUCCACGUGUGCCUCCCACAUCACCUGUGUGGUGAUCGGCUACGGCAGCUGCCUGUUCCUCUAUGUGACACCCAAGCAAACGCAAGCAGCUGAGUACAAUAAGAUAGUUUCCCUGCUGAUUUCUGUGGUAACCCCUUUCCUGAACCCUUUCAUCUUCACCCUCCGAAACAACAGAGUCAAAGAGGCCCUUUGGGAUGGAGUGAAAUGAUGCUGUGAGCUACUCAGGAUCUGGCCUUCCCCUAAGCCAUUUUGUGUGGGAAAACUCUCAUCAUGGAGCCAGGAAUAAUCUGAAAAGUACUUAUUCAUCUCUGAGCUGCAUCUUGUCAUCAUCAAAUCGUCUGUGUGCAACAUGAGUCUAACAAGUCAUCGCCAUGGUUUUCAUGUGGUUGUUUGGUAGCUCAAAAACUUAUUUUAUUAUCUUAAAGAUAUAUACACACACACAUACAUAUACAGGGUGGAUCAAAAGCAGGUUUACAGUUGUUCAUAUGGAAAAUAAUACAAAACUAGUAAAUAAUAAUACAAGAAUGAACUCCGUGUUUCAGGUACUUACAAGUAUAAAACCUAAUUUGCCCAGUCCUGUAUUCGUACACAUAUAAAUAUAUGAUUUUUCAAGUUAUGGUACAGUUCACAGUAAAACUUAAAAACUAAGUGUAAAAAAUAUGUGUGCUAUUUAGAUUUCUGAACAGAAAAGGCUAGCUGCCUACUUAAUUACAGGUUUUGAGCAUUUUCCUAGGACGUGUCCCGCUCUUUGUGUCCUGCAUGUAAAUCUCCCUGCUCCUUGUCUGGCUCAAACGUAUUCUCUUGAUUUCCUGUCCGAACGCCCUGGGGCCUCGUUUCUUCUCCACAGAGUGUAGAGAAGGAAGUCAUUUCACAAUUCCAGACGCCUUUACAGCACCAGGGUGGCUGGUUUUUAAACACCAACACACCUGUAACUUGUGGACUGCCUCAGGGAGAGAGAGGCAGGAAGUGUUCUCUCACUCAGUAGCAUCCAGACCAUGCUG